UUAUUGGAAGGAAAGUGGUGGUGUAACGGUUGCUUGGAGGAUGAGAGAAUUGCUUUAUUAAACCUCAAAGCUUACUUUAAUCAUCCUAACGGCAAGGUUUACAAUAUGCGGUCUUGGCAUAACGAUAAUUUCAAUUGUUGUCAAUGGAGCGAUGUGAGCUGUGAUCCCGUUACCGGCAGAGUAACCUUACUCUAUGCUAGGAGGGAUGAGGAAUUGGGAGAUUGGUAUCUCAAUGCCUCUUUCUUUCUUCCCUUCAAAGGAUUGAAACGUCUCUACUUGUAUGGAAGUAACAUUUUGGGCUGUGUUGAAAAAAGGUUUUGAAAGAUCAUCAAGUCUUUCCAAUUUGGAGUCUCUGAAUUUAGGUUAUAAUAAAUUCAACAAGAGCAUCUUGCCUUCUCCAAGUGGUUUUUCAUCUUUAAAAUAUUUAUAUUUAUCGGACAAUAGAAUCAAAGGAACAAUUAAUAUUCAAAGUGAGUUCAAUUUCCUCCUUAAUUUCUCUUCUCUUUUACCUCUUUCAAGUAAAACCUAUAUUAAUUAAGAUCAUUGCAAAGGGGCAGAAUUGAGUAAUUUAACAAGCUUGGAGGUGUUGCAUUUAUAUGGAAAUGAAAUUGAAGGUUUCGAAUUCUCCCAUGGUUUACCCAAUCUGCAACGUCUUGAUCUGAGUUACAAUCGCAAUAACAACUUGCUCUCAUCUCCCAAGAGAUUUCCAUCUCUGAAAUAUUUGGAUCUAAGUUAUAAUUAUCUAAACGGGAUAUUUCACAUGAAAGAAUUGGAUGGUCUGAGGUCUGAGUAACUUAGAAGAGCUAGGAUUUGAGCGGAAAUCAAAUAAUCAAGUUUGAAGCUUAAGGAAGACACAAGAGGUCUAAGCAAGUUAAGCAAACUAACUCUGGAUAACAUCACCACAAAUGGAAGAAGCUCUUCAUUGCUACAAUCAUUGGGAGCAUUUCCAUAUCUAAAGAUUCUCUCUUUACGAGAAAAUGAUUUCAAAGGAAAAAUAUUUGCUCAAGAGUCGCAUGAUAUGUACAUCUUGGAAGAAUUGAUACUCGACGAUUCAUCGUUGAGUGAAAUCUCCCUUCAAAGUCUUGGAGCACUGCCUUCUCUUAAAUUUUUAUCUCUGUCUUUUCUAGAAAACACCCUACCAGCUCAAGGAUUGCCAAAUUUCAAGAGCCUAGAAACUUUACAAAUGGAUUAUUCCUCUAGUAGCAACGACAUCCUGCAAGUAAUUGCAAAAGUGACCUCUCUUAAGGAUUUAUCAUUAAGCAACUGUGGACUCAAUGGCACUAUGCCAGUGGCCUCAGGCAUAUGCGAGUUGAAACAUCUCCAAUUUCUAGAUAUGAGCUCUAAUGAUCUAAAUGGUACAUUGCCUAGGUGCUUGGCAAAUAUGACAAGAAUCCAAUUAGAGAGUCUUAUGUUAUCUAGUGUGGGAUAUGAUGGAGUCUUUCCCAGAUUUCUCUACUAUCAGCAUAACUUAAAAGACGUUGAUCUCUCACAUAAUAAACUGGAGGGAAGCUUUCCAAUUUGGUUGUUAAAGAACAAUACAAAACUAGAAGAACUUAAUUUAGCCAAUAAUUCUCUUUCAGGACAUUUUCAAUUGCCGAUUCAUACGAGCUUAUUAAGGUUAGAUAUCUCCAAUAAUGAUUUCAGUGAUAGCAUGCCCAAUUCAUUUAGCAAUGUCAGCUUCUUGAAAUAUUUAAAAUUGGAUGGAAAUCAAUUCACAGGAAAUAUCCCUAACAGCUUAUCCAAUUGUUCCCUCUUGGAAUUGCUAGCUAUCAGUGAUAAUCAUCUCUCAGGUGUUAUACCAGAAUGGAUGGGCAACAUGCCUUCUCUUAGAGUUUUGGACCUUUCAAGAAACAUCAUCUCUGGAAAUCUAUCAUCAAACUUCAACCCUCCACAAUUAUUUCAUGUUUACUUAUCUGAAAAUAGAAUACAAGGAACAAUCUCCAAGGCAUUCUACAAUUGCUUUGAAUUGCAAGUAUUAGAUCUUAGAAAUAAUUUGUUGAACGGAACCAUUCCAAAAUGGAUUGGCGAGAGACUUUCUUCUUUAAGCUAUGUUUCCUUGAUAUAAUUGAACGGAACCAUUCCAAAAUGGAUUGGCGAGAGACUUUCUUCUUUAAGCUAUGUUUCCUUGAGUUAUAACAAUUUUGAAGGUCAAAUUCCAAACCAACUUUGCAAUUUGGACUUUUUACAGUUACUUGAUUUGUCUAACAAUAAUCUUUCUGGUCAUAUCCUUCCUUGUCUAAAGUUGAGAUGGCAAAAAUUAGGUGGAUCAACAAUGUAUAACCGAGGUCCUGCAGAACCUCGGCCAAAUCAUCUAGAAUUUACAACAAAGUGGAUGACAUAUCCUUUUCAAGAAAGCAUUCUCUUCUACUUUUCUGGAAUAGAUCUUUCUGUCAACAAAUUGACAGGAGAAAUUCCUCCUGAAAUUGGAAAUUUUGAGGAGAUCGAAGUGUUGAACCUUUCUCACAAUAGUUUGACGGGACAAAUUCCAUCAACAUUUUCCAACCUCAGUCAGAUAGAGAGUCUAGAUCUUUCUUAUAACAAGUUGAAUGGGAAAAUCCCUACUCAGUUUGCUCAACUAACUUAUUUAGCAGCUUUCAGUGUAGCAUAUAACAAUUUAUUUAGAAAGACACCUGAUAGAGUCGCUCAAUUUGCCACAUUUGAUAAGAGUAGCUACGAGGGAAAUCCUUAUCUUUGUGGUCUUCCAUUACCAAAUACUUGCAGUGCAACAUUAUCACCACCAUUGAUGCCUGGAGUUUCAACAGAUGAAAAACAAGAGGAGACUGGAGUUUCAAGCAGAUGA